AUGACUGGCAGUAACAACCGCAGCCCCAGCUCCAGAACCAGCUUCAUACGGUCGUGUCAGCAAUGCCGUGCCCGCAAAGUCCGAUGUGACCGCGCUGGUAUCACCUGUAGCCCGUGUCAACGCUUGGGCCUCGCCUGUUCGUUUGGCGGUGCGGGACAAACGUAUGUGACCACCUCAGCCCUGGGGAAGCAACAUUCCGGAGCGUUCCCGCCCGCCGAGCUGACCCAGGCUGGAACCGCACGCCGGCGUACCCUCAUCGCUUGUGAGGCUUGUCGUGUUGGCAAGGCUCGCUGCACCGGCGGUGUCCCGUGUGACCGGUGCACCAAGCGCCGCGUUGAGUGCAUUCGGCGUCACCGCGGAGGAGACGGUGGUAAUUCCCAACACCCAGAGGAAAGAGUACAAACGGAUCUGCAGACGAAGCUCACCCCGAGUGGCAGUCCGAGCACAAGUGCCCUUUCUCACCCAAGCCUGACCACUGCCAUAGGUACGGACUCGCCACAAGUCCUCUCACCGGAAGGUCUUUAUAGAAUCACAGAGCGGCAGUACAUCCAGGCUUACUUUGCGGGUGCCAAGCCCCUUGCUUGUAUCUUCCUUCACCGACCGUCUACAUUGGCCGAGUGGAACCAGGGUAAACUCGAUCCGACCUUGACCAAGGCGCUGUGCGCUUCUGGCAGAUCCAUUGAGGCUGGACCUAGCGAUGCUUUGGUCCGGUCCUGGAUGUGUGAGGCUCGCGAUGCUGUCAUCAGCAGCCUCAACCGAGUAUCAAUCCAGCAGCUGCAGACGCUGGUGCUCGUGAUCCAGCACUUCAUUCAGGCCGGCGACACCGUCGAAGCGUGGAACCUGCUGCCUCUGGCAGCGAGGCUCUCCUUCACCCUCCAGCUAAACUAUGAGCGUCCAGACCUAGACCCCCUCCCUCGUGAGUGUCGCCGCCGCCUCAUCUGGUCCGUCUACCUCCUCGAUCGCCUCUUCUCUGGCGGGCUUGAUGAGCUGGCCACGUGCCCUGCCGAGUACCUUCACAUUCGCCUGCCGUGCGAUGAGCGCAGCUUCGAGAGGGGCCUCGAUUCCCAGGCUGACUUUCUCAAUGGAAUCAAUCAACACGGUGAUAUGGAUGCUGUGGCCUAUCUGGUGCGCCUCUACUCCACCCGCGAGAGAAUUCUCAGGUAUACUAAGAGUGUCCGAAGAGAGCGCGUCAGUCCCAUAGAGAGCGCAAGCAAACUCUCUGCGCUACAGUCCGAGCUCGACGAGUUCAAGGCAUCCCUUCCCGUCUAUCUUCGCCUUGAGCAGGACAAGUUGCCCCUCGUCGCGCAAUCUAGUGAUGCACAUAGCUUCCUCAUCAUCCACACCAUCUGGCUUCAGUGCCACUGCGACCUCUAUCGCUUCUUCAUACCCGGCAUCCGUGAGUCUGUCUGCAAGGCGGCUGCCGAAGCCACCCCACAGGACUAUAUCACCUUCUGCCAGCGCGAGUGCCUCUCUAAGGCUGUCCAAUUGUGCGACUUCUGGGCCAGCAUGAGCCGCCAGCAACCCGUCGGCCUCGCAGAAGACCUCUUGCUCGGUGUCAGCAUCUACCAGGUCGCCCAGAUCCUUCACCAUCUCCACCAUCUGCUCCCGCCCCAAGGUCCUCAUACAGUCGACGACCUCAAGAGGAGUCUCAGAGUCGCGCUAACCAUGGAUGCCACUCCCCGCAGUCGCUCGUCCAAGGUAGGCAAGAGCCUUGCCGCCGCCGAGAUCAUCAUAGACACCCUCGACCAGGUCCGCAACGGCACACGCGGCUCCUCUCCUGGCGAUGUACACUUCCUCCCAUCUCAGGGGUCACUUAUCCCGUCUGGCCUCGACUCCUCCGGCCUUCCGAGAGAUGCACCCGUCGAGAGCAUUGAACAGGCUAGGUCUACAUUUGCCACCCAUGCUGAAAGAGUGCUCUCGGUCACAGCUACUGGCCCCGAUAAUCGCAUACCACAGAUCUCAAGCCAGCCACCCGCCGAGGCGCAGGCGUUCGGUUUUGAUGAGGGGUAUAUCCAGUGGGAUCCGUUUGACAUGGAGUUGAAUGAUUACUAUAAUGUGGCUGCUAACACCAUUGCCUUUGCACCGCCGCCGCUGCCUUAA